AUGCCUGUAGCCAUCAAGCCUGCCUCGCCCCGGCCGUCAUCAUUGACCAAGAUGGAAGAUCGAAAGCGACCAGCCAUCAGCGGCGCUGAUGACAUUGCGCCUCCCAGCAAGCGUCAUCAAAGCGUCAAUGGCAACAAGUCGAAAGGCGAUACCGGCGAGCAGUCAGAAGAACAUUGGAUCGAGAAUUACCAGAAGGGAGCCAUCUGGCGAGCCUUCCAGGAAUCCAAGCGCGAUAAGGCUGAGUUGGAAGGUCGCGUUGAUAAGCUGCAAACUCAUGUAGCCCAUCGCGACGACCAAAUAAGAUUGAUUGAAAUAUGGUGGGAACAGGUGCUACAAGAAAUGGAAUUGCUCGUCAACCCGGCACUGCCAGCGCCAUCAGGACCAACAGAACCACCUUACAUUACAGGUACUACUUUUAAAGACAGCACGACUUUUCAGGAACAUCUCAACGACAAAACCAAGACGCUGCGGGAGAGGGCUGAGGCUGUCAUUAAUCGGAUUGCGACGUCGCGUGGACAAAUCACGCCGAAUAUUGCCGAUUUGGAGAAUAGAGUGAAUGCCCUGCUCGCCCAGCAAAAAGAUUAUCUUGUUCAGCUCGAUCGCUCUCAGCAUGAGAACCAGCAGCUUUCGGAGGACCUUAACAAGAAGACUCUUGAAUGGUUCAAAGCUGAGCGACGGGAAAAGAGGUUGAAGAGCGCACAAGUGCAAAAGCUGGAGAAGCAGUUUCUCGCCAACGCAACACAAGGGGGCACGGCAGGCGAGAACGGUGCCGAAGCUGCUGCCCUGAACGGGAAUGCUGCUGAGACCUUGCUGAAGCUGGAGGAAGCAUCGGCGGUCCUCGUCAAACAGAAGGAGCAACUAGAGACUGCACAGACAGACCUUGCAGCCUUGCAGGAGGAGAACUCGACACUGAAAACGCAACGUGAAGGCGUGUCGGAUGAGGACUACAUUCGAACCGACGUCUUCAAGGCCUUCAAAGCGCAAAACGAGGACUUGAUCAAGCGGAUCAAUCACCUAGAAGCGACCAACAAGCAACUGCGAGAAGAAUCUGAAAGGUUGCAAUUCGAACGACAGGCCUUCCGAAGUAAACUGAACGACGAAGCGCAAACACACAUUGCCGACCUUGAGCGCCAGGUCGAGGAGCGCGAGGGAGAUGUCACACGUCUAAGAGCCGCAAGAGACGAGUGGUUCGCAAAGGCUAGCAUGCUGGAGGCGAGCCAGAAGGAGGAGAAGACGGCGCUGCAACACAUUCAGGAGCUGGCAGGCGCAAAGGACGAUCGCAUCACAGCCCUUGAACUCGAGCUGCAGCGAGUCAAACCCGACGAGGACCGACCUAUGGCCGAUGCCGACCCAGCCAUCGACAGCCUUCCUGUAGAGGAACUCUUGACGAAAUACCGGAAACUCCAGGCUGAUCUCGAGUCGAUCAACAAGGAAUUGCCAGCGCUCCAACAGGCGUACAAGCGAUCCAUGACGCUGGCGCAAAAGAAGGUCAUGGACUUUUCGGCCCUAGAGGAUCGGGUUGCUGCGGUGCUAGCCGAGAAGCAAAAGGUUGACUCCAAGUAUUUCGCUGUUCGCAAAGACGCUGAUUUUCGGGACCGUGAACUGCUUGCGCUGCGAAACCAAAACAGAAAGACCUCGGAAAUCGUCACACAGCUCAAGGAAGUGGAGGCUCAGCAUAGAGUGUUGAUCAGCAACUUGGAGAAGCAGCUAUCGGAUCUUCGGAUGGCAAAUGCGAACCUGGCAGCUGAACACAAGAAGAUGGAGGCGAACAGUGUAGAGUCGAUCAGGAGAGCCGAUGCAUACAAGGCCCAAGUCAACGAAUUGGCGAACCAAAUCAAGGCGAAAGACGCAGCCACUGCGAGCACAAGAGAGCGCGCCACGUCUCAGGAGUCAGAGCUCGAACGACUCAAAGCGAGGGUUGAGUUCAUCAAGAAGGAGAAGGAGGACUGGAAGCGCAAGGCAUUGAGCAAUUCUUCGGAAGAAGAGGAGAUGCUACGAUCGUAUGCGCUUUGCUCAGUUUGCCGGAACAACUUCAAAGAUACUGUCCUGAAGACAUGCGGUCACCUGUUCUGUAUGUCCUGCAUCGACGAUCGCAUCAGCAACCGCAUGCGCAAGUGCCCAACCUGCGCCACGUCCUUUGAUCGCAAGGAUUCGUUGUCUGUUCACCACUAG